CCUAGAGCGGACGGGCCCGCCCGCCCCGCCGCUCCGCUCCGCCCAGCCUCCUCUAUCCCGGAAGUUGAUGCCGCUCGCCGGAUCGCGUGCUGCUCGCUAGGGGUGUCGCCUUAAAGAUCGGGACUGGCUGGGAUUGCGAAAGAUCAACAUGCCUUUGGCUAGAGAUUUACUACACCCGUCCUUGGAAGAGGAAAAGAAAAAACAUAAAAAGAAACGGCUAGUUCAGAGCCCAAAUUCCUAUUUUAUGGAUGUAAAAUGUCCAGGUUGCUACAAGAUUACCACGGUUUUCAGCCAUGCUCAGACGGUGGUUCUUUGUGUAGGCUGUUCAACAGUGUUGUGCCAGCCAACAGGAGGAAAGGCCAGACUCACAGAGGGGUGUUCGUUUAGAAGAAAGCAACACUAAUGAUCCACACAGCCUCUCGAAUUUGUGUUAUAUCGCAGAAAGCCUUAUCAGUUCAGUAAUUCCAGUUAUCUACCAAGAUAAUGUAAUUAUGUUUAAUUUUGUAAGGUUUACAACAGUGAUGUCCUAUUUUGGUGUCAGUUUUUCAAUAAAGUUUUGAUUAUGGGCAAA